AUGUCCAUGGACGGCAUUGAUGUGGAAGGGGAGAAGGAAUAUGCCAACAGUAAUGAUGUGGUCCAUGUUGACAUCAAUGCCCUGCUGCUGAUACACAAGCCCAGUAGCCGUGGGUAUUAUGACCCUCCACACAGUCUGCCCCUGGGGUGCCCCACAGGAGCCCCAGAGGUGGGUGGGCUUGCUGCUUACUCGGAUCCCUGGGGUGCCCCACAGGAGCCCCAGAGGUGGGUGGGCUUGCUGCUUACUCGGAUCCCUGGGGUGCCCCACAGGAGCCCCAGAGGCUUUUCUGCCAUUUGCCAAGCAGAGGUCUUCACUAACCCCACCAGGGGGCCGGUGAGGCGGGGCGCUUGUCAGAGCCUCGGGGACCCCAGGAGCUUCUUCAGACUCUUGCCCACCCUGGAAUCCAACUCAGGGGGCCUAGAGUGGCACCCAGGAACUAGUGUUUCCAGAAAAUUUCGUAAAGGAGGUUCUGAAAAAGGUAAGGAACGUGUGGGGAAGAAAACCCCCGAAUUAUUGACAAUGUCAAGGCCCUGGGAAUGCUCAGAAGCGUCGCAGUUCGUGCGCAGCACUGCCCUCUGCUGCUCACAGUCAGACCUGCAGCGGGAUGGCAAUAGCUUCUUUGACUUCCUGAGGGGACCAUGGAGAAGACAGGCUCUCAGUCAUACUGAGUUAAGGAAAGUGGGUGUUUUAGCUCACUUGGAAAGAUGAGAGGCUCAGGCGAGCAAAUCCCACAAAGGAUCUGAAGAACUGCAGAGAGCUCAAGCAGAGGAAAGUGCUCUUGAAACCGAGAUUCAUCAACUGAGGCACUUUCGAGAUAAACUAAGGGCUGAAGGGACAAGGCAAGCCAGAGUUAAAGCAUCUUCUGCCAACGUAGAACCUGACCAAACAGUAGAGAUCAGUGAGCAAGAUGUUUUGGAAAGAAACCAGGAAACCAUGAAAGCCAUUCUGCAAGCAUAUCAUUUUACAGGGCUCAGUGGAAUAGUGACCAGGCAUAGAGCCUGUGUCUGUAUCAGCACUGCUUUUGAGGGGAACUUACUGGAUUCCUAUUUUGUGGACCUUGUCAUACAGAAGCCACUCUGAAUCCAUCAUCAUUCCAUCCCAGUAUUCAUUCCUUUAGAAAAAAUUGCUGCAAAAUACGUACAGACUGAUAUUCAGCAGUUCCUCUUCAGUCUGUGUGAAUACCUAAACGUUUACUCUGGGAGGAAGAACCAGGCAGAUCAACUUCAGAGUAACUUUGCAGCCCUUCUGACUGGGCCCUUGCAGAGAAACUCCCUGUGCAACUUGCUGUCAUUUACUUAUAAGGUGGAUCUGGGGGAUCAGUCCUUCCCAUUUUGUACCAGAUUGCUAUCUAAGGACCUCAGGAGACCACUUCCAAAUGUCACUGUUACAUAUCAAGGAGUGGAAGCAUUGUCCACUUCAUGGGAAAAGCAAAGAGCAUCUCAUGAAACUUUAUUCUGUACGAAGCCCCUGCAUCAAGUGUUUGCUUCAUUUUCAAGAGGAGGAGAAAAAACUGGAUUUGAGUCUGACCUAAAAUAUUGUUUCCAUUGGGAACACAUCUGA